UUUUCCCACAACCGUGGUUACAGUCUAACCAGAGCGUUUGAUGAGAUAGAACUCUCUGCGUGGUUGCAUGCUUCUGUGUUGUUUUGUCUUUCUUCGUUCUCCUUUGUGCAGCGAUGCCAGCUGUGAACAGCUUUACAAUCAACUACGACGCGCUGAAUGAGGAGGGGACGUUUUCUGAGGGAGACAUUGUGACGGGACAAGCAAUUCUGUCCUUAUCUAAGGAAACCAAAGCUCAGCGGCUGUUUGUGAAGGCUAAAGGAGACGCAGAUGUCCGAUGGACGCAAAAGCGCGGCGACCGCACGCACACGUACUCCGCGCACCGGAGAUAUUUUAAACUGAAAGAGUUUUUAAUCCCAGAAGGCACGGAGGAAACUGUUUUGCCUGAAGGAACCCAUGUCUACAAAUUCAGCUUUAGGAUCCCAUCUGAAAAGAUGCCAUCGUCUUUCAGAGGAACUCAUGGAAAAAUUGUCUACAAACUGGAGGCCAAACUGUCCAGGAGCUGGAGGAUGAAUUCCACUGCAGAAAAGGAGCUCAAAUUUGUCUCAAAGUCCUUCUUAAACUUCAACACUCUUUUAUCACAGCAAGCUGGUUCCACAGAGAAGGAGAUGGGGAUGUUCUCUAAGGGACAAGUGCACAUGGAUGCCACUGUUAACAAGACGGUGUACGCCCCAGGUGAAACUAUGCUGAUAUUUGCAAAAGUCAACAAUGCUUCUUCUCGAGACAUGACUCCCAAAUUUAGCCUGGUGCGGAGCGUUCAGUUUCGCGCUCAAGGAGACACCAAAAAUGAGGAAUACACUGUCGAGAAAGCGGUCGAUAAGGUUAUCAAACCCCACACCCAACACGAGGUCAGGUGUGAGAUGAAGAUUCCCACCGAUGAGAUGCUUUCCAUCGAGAACUGUGAAAUCAUCUCGGUGACACACCAAUUAAAGGCAUAUCUGGACAUCAGCUUUGCCUUUGAUCCAGAGAUUAUCUUCCCAGUGGUUAUUUCACACCCUACUUUAGUCUUUGGUGCUAAUAACAGUGGGCCUGUGGGUCCUUAUCCUGCUGGCUCUUUCGGUGGUCCAGCCUACAGUAACUUCCCUCCCCCUGCAAUGGCUGUUGGUCCUUAUCCUGCACCACCGUCUUCAGGUCCCUAUGGCUACCCAGGUGCCCAAAGUCCUUCUGCACCACCACCUGCAUACCCAAAUAAUCCACAGGUUUAUUGUGGUCCACCAGGACCUUAUGCUCCUCAGCCACCUCCCAUAUAUGGGGCCCACAGCAACCCAAUGCCACAGGGGCCUUCUCCAUAUGGAUCUCCAUUUUCACCCUCUUCAUCCUCCACCAUGCUUCAUCCUCCACCGCCCGCGCCGAUGUUCCACACGCCCCUUUCGGGGCCCCAGGUCCAGCCACCUUCUUCCUCCGUGUCUCCUUCAGCUCCCACUUUCAACCCAAUGCCUUCUGCUCCAGACAUGACUACAGACUUUCUGGCUCAGACAAAUGAUGUUCCUCCGGCAUACACAUCGCUUUUCCCAUAUUCAACUCCGGAAAAAUUGGAUACAAAAUAACCACAUAUUUAAAUUAUGGCUAAAACAUAUAGGAAACCACAUAGGCUUUACCAUGCUCAUUUAGAGAAUUCCCUAAGAAUGCUCUAAAUGUGUUGUUGGAGAGUGACAUAAUAAAGCCAGUGUAAUCACUAUUAGAUGUAUUAAGCAUGAUGAAGUAAACUUGAAUUUUUUUUGCCUUGGCAUGCUAUGUUACAGAUGAUUUCUGAUGAGUUAAAUUGCUUUUGGCCAUCUUCAUCUGGUGCAAAUAAUGUAACUAAGCUUAUAUUCUCAGGAUACCUUCCAAUAAAAUGCCUUAACAUUUAAAGUGUGCUUUUAGCAUAAAUUUAUACCUGUCUACCUCUAUAUCAAUUGUAUGUUAAGCAUGUCAAAAGCUUGUAUUUUAUGGAUCUAAUCUGUUCAAAUAAAGAUCCUUAAAUAAU